UAUAACUUCACGGCGGUCACCUGCUGCAGCACAGCAGAGCCCGAGGACAGUGAGUGGAUCGCCGUUUCUGGGUUAUCGGGGGCUGACUGGACUAUGUACAUUUUUUCAUCUGAACACACGUUUAUAGAAUGAAUUUUAUGUCCUAGAUUUAAUGUCAGCACGGAAUACGAAUAGAUCUGGGGGGACCCUGCCAGUCCUGCGCUGGCACAAUUUUUUGAAGCCCAAAAACCGCAUUUUAGGGGUGACAACUGACAAAUCACUUUAACAGACGCUUCCAGCGCACCUCGCCGGGAGAUGGAGGUCAGCCGCUGAAGGUUCUGGGGACCUGACUCGGUCGGAAUUUUGCCAAAAUUACGACGGGAAUCAAAUACAGCUCCCUGUCUCCCGGCAACGGGAGAGACCACCGCCCGCUCGUGAUGUCUCGUGCCAAAGAGCGGCUGAAAGGCGGGAAGGAGACCAAGGACAGCGUCACUCUGCUGCCGUGCUUUUAUUUUGUAGAGCUCCCUAUCCUGGCCUCCUCUGUUAUCAGUCUUUACUUCUUGGAGCUGACAGAUAUUUUCCAACCAGUGCAUUCUGGGUACAGUUGUAAUGACCGCAGUCUGUCUCUGCCCUACAUCCUGCCCAGACAGGAAGUCUGCCCACUGCCUCUGCUCUUCAGCUUGGCCUUUGCUGCCCCCACUGUCACUAUCCUGAUAGGAGAGGCCAUUCUGUACUGCUAUCUGUCCAGGAGGUCAUCGACCACGCAGACUGAGGCCAAUAUCAAUGCUGCUGGCUGUAAUUUCAACUCCUACAUUCGCAGGGCUGUACGCUUCAUAGGUGUCCAUAUUUUUGGCCUGUGUGUGACAGCACUGAUAACUGACAUUCUCCAGCUGUCCACUGGUCAACACACACCUUACUGGCUAGAUGUGUGCAAACCAAACUUAACCCACAUUAACAUGUCCACCUGUGAUGAAGCUUUUAUUCUGGAGGAUAUCUGCUCUGGGCAGGACAUCGGGCUUAUCAAUGCUGGGAGGAAGUCUUUCCCUUCCCAGCAUGCCACUCUGGCUGCUUUUGCUGCUGUCUACAUCUCAAUGUACUUCAACACGGUGCUGACAGACUCAACAAAGCUGCUGAAGCCACUCCUGGUGUUCUCGUUUGUCAUGCUGGCCAUCCUGGCCGGGUUAACUAGGAUCAUCCAGUUCAGAAACCACCCUGUUGAUGUCUACUGUGGGUGGUUACUGGGAGCUGCCAUUGCUGUUUAUCUGGGUGUAUAUGCAGUGGGGAAUUUCCAGCCCAGCGAAGAUCGAUCCAGAAGUCGACCACCACCCCCCAUCCUGAGAGAGCCACCCCUCUCUUCCCUACCCAAUGUUAGCCAAACAGCAAUUAGUAACAGCCACCAAGGCCACCACACCCUGGCUCCCAGCCAACCAGAGCCCAUUAUCACAAGGACCUCUUCCCACACCUUGUCUCCCAAACAAGCAGGGCCCAUCCUGACACGAAGCUCCUCCUACCGAGAGCCCUCUCUGACCAAUCUGAAGAGAGCUAGUGCUGAGGUGGAAGUGAUAAUUCCAUCCAACCCUCCAGGGAACCGUGACAACAUGAUGACCUUCAGCAGCAGCACACUGCCAAGGUCCCACGGAGGCUCUUCACUGGAGGAGGGGCACAUUCCUCGGCGUCACGCCGCCAUCCAUGCUUCAAUGGAUUCAACUCGAUCCAAGCAGCUCCUCAGCCAGUGGAAGAAUAAAAAUGACAACAGGAAGUUGUCCCUACAGGUGAUGGAUGGAAUAAGGCCAGCCUCCUCCUCAUCUCCUCAAAGGAACAUGGAGCUGCGCUGCUCCUCUGAACCUUCUGCCAUGGGCCUGGAGGCAGAGCUCCGCAGUGGAGCCCACCUGCCUUCAGUGACUGCGCAGGAAGCAGAGCUGCGUGCUGGAGCCCAUAUCCCAGUUCAGUACAUGAAGCUAGCAGCUAGCUCUGUUCCUAUGCCCAACCAUAAUCACUUGACCCAUAAUGGCAGCACUGGAUUGGCUAGUGGGGCCAGAGUCUCUAUUCAGUCCCGGCCUGGAUCCUCCCAGCUGGUUCACAUUCCUGAGGAGGAGAACCCCACCAGUAAAGAUCAGGAGAGUGAAUCAGAGGACAGCAUUAUGGAUGGCAGUGGGUCAGUCAGGGAAAAGUGGCUGAGAGUGACUGAGAAGACCACCCUCCCCUGCAGGCCACUCAGUGCUGGGGGACAACCUCGUCUUAUGCAGGUAAUAGCCUUAUCCAAACAGCAGGGUCUGCUUCAUUCUCCUCGGUCAGAGGAUGGUGGAUCCAUCAGGUACCGAGCCCUGACAGAUCAGGACCCAUCACCACCCGCCUCCACCACUGGAGCAGUGGGAGGAGGUGGAGGUUUAGAAAGAUCUGGCAGUAUUGUUCGUGUUGAAGCCCACCCGGAGUCCAGAUCCAACAAACCAAUUGUGAAACCACCCAGCACUGACGGAAGUGGCUCCUGGCGAUGGAAACCACCUGAACAGCGAGCGUCUCUCCGACAGUCAUCUUUUGCCCUCAAUGACCUGAACAGGCACACUGACAGCUGUGAUUCGCUGAGGGAUGGAGGGUCAGUGGAUGGACGGAGGAGCGUGACAGGGACUGAAACUGAAAGUGAAGGGGGAGGAGAUGGAGGGGGAGGCGGAGGAGGAGGUGUAUACACAAACCACCCACAUGUUGUACACCCUUUACAUCCCUUACAUCCCAAUAACCCCAACAACUUCCAGAACCCCAAUUUUAAUCCCAACAACCCCAGUAACCCCAACUUUAACUAUGCUCACCUUAACUUCAACCCAAACUCUGCCAACUCUAAUAUGCCAUUCACCCCUACUGUUACCUUUGCUCCUCCUUUCCACCCUCACCCUCAGGCUGUCACCACCAUCAGGGUCACCCCAGUGGAAGGGAAUGCUGCCAGCAGCGAUGGUGGCUCAGACACUCAGUCAGUGGCCUCAUCCAGCCGGGAGUCCACCCUGAGGAGGAAGAGUGGCUCCAACAUCAUCCAUGUCCCUGAUCGAGGGCCCACCCCUGACCCACACAGCAACCAUCGCCUUUGUGACGACAGUAACCGCCUUGACGAGAGCAGUAACCGUUUCCAUGAAAACCUUAGAAGUUUUCAAGAAAACCCCAUCCACCCCAAUCACCCCAACCUCUCCAACAGGCAGUUGCAGGGGAUGUUUGGUCGUCCUAGUCCAACCCCUCCCCCUACCCUACCCCGCCCCAUCCUGACUCACACACCACCUCCUACUUUAGGGUUGGCCUAUAAAGAAUGAUGAGUUCAGUGUUAAAUUUAUCCAUAUACACUCUUGAUAAAUAUUUGUCAAUCUUAACUUUUACAAAAACUGCAGGGGAGAUGCUACUUCAGAUGGGCCAAAAUGAAAUGACAUUCUGUUAAAUCUGUCCCCCACCCAGAGCCAGCCAAUAGGGGAUGGCCAAAACCUCUUUAGUCCCACCCACCACCUCUCAUCGGGCCAAUUAGGGUACACAUUAUGGCCAAUUGUGUUGACCCCAGCAUCCCAGCUGCUUUCGUUCCCAACUGAUUAAGUGUUGUGUCUUGCAUACAGGGUCCAGUCAUACAGUACUAUUUUGGGUAUGACGGUUUAGGAAGGCCACAUCUUCCAGCACCCUAGGGCUUAAGAGGUUAAUUCAUUAUUUUUCUUUGUGUUUUUUUUUUUUUGUUGUUGUUGUUGUUAAUAAUACUGGACUUCUGGAUAAGCCAGCAAUAUUUUGUAAAUCUAACAAACUGAGUGCACUUGCUUUAUAGGCCGACGGGCUAUAUAAACUGUUGACCCUUUGGCUCGUUUGGAAAGGGAGACUCUGGCCUUCUCACUCUGUCCCAUAACUGCCUGCCAGCAAGGAUGGAUUCAACAUAAUGAGCCCCCUCUCUCCUCUGACUGUAGGUCAGUUGCAAAUGGGGUUGCAUUAAUGUUACUAACAUUUAUACAUAUAUUCUCAGCAUUCAGACUGUUGUCACACACAAGUAAUGUAUCUUUAUAUAAACUUGACAGCGUACCCAUGUGCCAUUAGACAGAAGUUGCAUUUAAAGCCCAUACCUGUGCUGUGUUUGUACAUAUGAGAUUGGGUGGCCACAGUGGAAAUUAUAACCACUGUUUUAAUUGUGUCUGGGCUGCAAGGAGUCCCCUUGUGGCAAUAACAUGAUCUCUUAUUUCCCUGGUGGUGUUGUGUUUGUGUUGAAUAGGAACAACAUCAUGGGGUGUACAUUGUGCUUAAAUAUAGAAAAACAAGUGCUCUGUUUUUAACAUAUUGUUUUAAUGAUGUGCAGUAAUUAUCUUUACUCUGUAGUAGCUGUACUGGACACUGACACAUGCAGCAUGGUAAUCAUUCAAACAAACUCAGACCAUACUCCAGUCCAAAGACUAAAGGAAGUUAAGUUUUUUGGUUUGUUUGUUUGUUUUACAAAUUCAUCAUGUUUCACAGCAUUAUGGGUUCAAUUAUGAUGUAGUAUUUGAGCCACUGUUGGGAAAAAAUUAAAUCUAAUAUCGCAAGAGUAAGAUAAUGAUAUUUUGAGAAAAAACAUUAAUUAAUGUUAUGAAAUAAAGUUGUAGUUCUGUGUGGGAAAUGGUCAUAUUGCUCAAUAAGAAUAGUUGUAACUUUACUAAUAACAGACUUGUAAUAUAAAAUAUUACAAAAAUAAAACUAUUUACAAGAAAGUACAA